AUGGCUACCUCGAAGAGCUCGAAGAUCUACAUUAUCGUAGAAUUUGAUGAUGGCCUGGCAAUUGUACCUUCAUGUUGGUUAAACGAGAGUGAAAUGAAAUGUGCUUAUCCCACUUUUCGGAAUCCAACAAAAAUAAAAAAGGCUGUUGCGUUACAAUUACUUCCUGAAGAUAACUUGAACUGGAAAAAAUAUGACGUGUUAAGGAUCUUCUAUAGAACAGAUUCAUACGAAAGAGCAAAGGAGAAGCUACUUAUUGCUGAAAAUAUGUCAGAUUUUACGCCUGACGACAACACAGAAAAUGAAGACAGACGAUACGACAAAGAAAAAAAAUCAAGACAUACACGAGCUAAAAAAAAUUAUUCUUCGUCGGAGGAGUGUGGAUUCGAUUCUGACGUUAGUGAGAACACAAUAAAAUUAUCACCCUUUCCGAAAAUUGCAGACAAAUCAUGUGUCACAAACACUAAAAAGAUUUCUGCAAGUCAAUUGGUUUCACCGUCACCAACAUCUGUAAAACGUUCAUCUGAGUGCCAAAUGAGUUCUGCUAAACAUAAUAAAAGUUUAUAUAAAGAAACGACAAUAAAUAGUAACACAACAGAACGGAGAUAUCGUGAUAAUUUACUAGAUGAAAAUGACAACUUGGAAAAGACUAAAAAAGAUAAAAAUGUAAUGUGUACCGGAAAUAAAAAAAACUUGUUAAUAACUGCAGAAAAUGAAUUUCAAAAAGAGGUUAUAAGAAAAUUACAGUUGUUGCUUAACAAAAUGACUGCUCUGGAAAAUAGAAUGAUAUUGCUAGAAACAUCAAACAUUAUGAGGCAUAGGGAGGAAGAAACAGACAAUAUUAUAUUGUAUGAGGAGUAUGAUCUCCCAUUACAAAAUAUGCAAGCAUUAGAACGAUUAGAACAGUUAUUAAAAGAUAGUUCAUUCGCAGACAAAAUGGUGAACACGCUGAAACAAGUGGGUGGAUUGAAUUUAUCCAAUAUAAUCCCAAAUAUAUUAAAAAAGUUAUUGAGCGACCAUUUUGCACAGACUUUCA